AUGGCUGCCCCGCAGAACUGCAAUGUCCUUGCGCCCUUUGCCGGCAGUGGGAAUAGCAUCGGCAACGGCAAUAUUAAUGUCAAUGGCAUAGCCUUCUCUACCGCGCCGAAUAUGAGCAUGCCGCCCAUGAUGCAGCCUGUGAUGGUACCGAACCUGGACCCGAACGCGCCUCCGAUAACGUCGACGCGCCCCGCGAGGCCUCCCCCGCCUCCAUUGGAUACCAUGAGGGCGUACCGCGCAUGUCUGAAUUGCAGAAACAGGAAGAGCAAAUGUGAUUUGGAUGUCAAUCAAGGGAGGCCGCCUUGUCGACGUUGCCAGAGAGAGGCAAAGGAUUGCGUGCUUGGAGAAAGUCACCGUGGAGGACGUCGAGUGAGGAAGAAACCAAAACUUGAUGAAGAGGACUCGAACUCGAAAACCCCCAGUACACCCACCAAUCUCGGAUUUCAAGGAGCUUCCAAGUCAGACACCCCUUCAGCUCUUGGCUUCCCAAAUUCAACAGGCCCCGACCUAGAUUACUCACCUCAUUCUACUCACCACACUCCACUGCAACCUCCACCAUUUCCAAAUCAAUACCACAAUCAACCAAGACAAGGUUUCGGAUGGCAACAUACUACACCAACCAAUACUGCUGGCUCCGACACUACAACUAUAUCGAGAAAUACUGAGCAAACAAAUCUCACGAGCCCUACUGACGGUCACUAUCACCCACGGGCAAAUUCUAGCGUGAGUCUGCUAGGGAAUUCCGGAGCUCUUCGUGAGAAUAUUGCUUCUGCAGACUUGCAAAACCCUUCAGAUGCCCUUGAAAUACUAGCACAAGUUGCAGAUCGAGCGGACGGGGAUUCACCGUCAAGCGAUCAGAAUCAAGGUCAAGGUCAGAAGCAAGGCCAACGGCCAGCCUCUUAUCACCUCGAAUUGGGGGAUUCCAAGAUGGACGACCAAUUUUAUUAUAAGCCGUUACAAGAUGGAAUGAUAAGCCCAGAGAUGAUUUUACAUUUGUUUUCGAGCUAUGAAGAGUUUUUCCACCCUUUCUUCCCCAUCAUCCCGAAAGAAACUUUCGAUCGCACAAGACUUCCGUGGCUAUCACGGCAUGAGCCACAUCUUUUUUCUGCCAUCCUGACGGUUGCUUCGAAAGACAAUGAACGAGUCCAUCAAGUUUGCUACGACUACAUGCAACAGCUAAUUUCCAUGAUUUUAUCUGGUGCAGAUGCAAACAUUGAAGCUGUAGAGGCGCUGCUUCUCUUGUCUCAAUGGGUGUCACAUCGUCCACAAGCAAAUCUUGCCAUUGGACGUGGAGAGGAGGACCGCGUUGCAUGGAUGUAUAUUGGAACAGCGCUGCGAUUAGGUUAUUUCUUAGGCAUUGACCGGACUUCGUUCAAGAGUGAUUCGCACGAAGCACCCGAAGUGUUCAAUCGGAAGAGACUAGUAUGGUCUGCUUGUUAUAUUUGUGAUCGUCAGGUGUCAGUUCGUGUAGGAAGAGGUUUCUGGGCUCGAGGUCCUGGCCCUCUCUCCGGUCUCAAGUCUAGCGAUUUUCCAACUCUUCAUCAAACGUCAUCAAACACUGAUGACUGGGCUUUGAUCUUUCAAGCGAACCUUGAAUUGACGCAGAUAUUUUCCAACGUUCACGAUAUACUCUACUCAUCAAAAGGUCAUGCUUGGAAGGAAAUGCUAGAGGGGAGGUAUGCGAAAUAUCUGGAUGACUUCCGGACUAGUAUUAGGGGAUGGAAUGAUGUUUGGGGUACGCUAGUUUGUUCUCCACGACUGAAAGCGACCUUACUACUCACGUAUGACUACCUCCGUCUCUACGUCAAUGCUUUUGCUUACCAGGCCACAAUCUCACGGGCAUUGACUUUCCAAAGAGACAGCCAGCAUGCAUCAAACCGGCCAAUGCCGUUGAUUAAUGCAUCAGCCCCGGACGCACGCUUCAUCUACGAAGCUCUAGAUGCUGCAAAGUCUCUGCUUUCAACAUUCAACAAUUUUGUUGAUCCCGAAACGCUGCGAUACAUGCCGUCAAGUUAUUAUCUUUAUAUCAUCUACAGCGCCGUAUUUCUUUACAAGGCAAGAUCCACGACUACGAUGACAGAGGAAGAGCGAAACGGAGUCCGUCACAUGAUUAAUCUGACCAUCGACCGUUUGCAAACGGCAUCGAUGGGCGCGAAUCACAUGGGUUCACGCUACGCCCGCCUUCUUCAACUUCUCUGGCGCAAACCGCCUCAGCAAAAUGAAGCUUCUGCUCGUGAACAGCACGAGCAAUCUACAAUCGACAGCCGUAUCAAUCCCGCCAUUCAAGCCGACCUUUCAAAUUACCAAAACCAGAAUCAACAAUUUAGCCCCUUUCCCGGGUCAAUGGGAAUGAACAAUGUGCAAUUUCAACCGAAGCCGAGUGGGACAUUCAGUUGGUUGGAUCUGGAUGCAACCUGGAACUUCGCGACGCAAAAUAAUAGUGGUGCAGGGAGCACGGGGGAGAGUGAUGAUAUGUUGCUGGAGAAUGGUUUGAGUCCCUUUGAUAUGGGGCUGCUGACCGACUAUUCAUUACUGGAGGGAGAUAACCCAAACCUCAUUUUUUAA